AUGCCCUUUCUUCGGUAAAGUUGUGUAAAUUCCCAUAACAAAGCUUAGAAAUAUCUUGAACAAUUUAAUGGCUGAAAUAUUUUAGGCACUAUGCACAACUGUGAUGGAGACAAGCAAGUCUCGUUUAAACUAGUUGCAAUAGUAAGAAUGAAAUGGUCCAUUCUCUUGUUACCCCCAUUUAAUACCUGUGUCUAUCGACAAAGGAGUGAGACAAUUGCAAACAGACAGGCAGUGUUAAGAUCUAGUGCGUUAGAGGGAUAACACGCCAGUCACUUUGUUCUGGGCGGUUCUAUUCCGCCUCCAGCAGCAGUACCAGAGCUCACAAAAGUAACAACACAAAUAUGGCGCCCGCUUCUGCAGUCAGCAACAGAUAAGAUUACCGCAAACAAGUGAAAAAGAAAGUUUCCAACUAUCUGUAAAACGUGCAAGUCAAUGGUUCCAGCGGCGUGCUUCUGAUCUGCAACCAGGGUGGGAAUCUAGGUGAAAACUGCACAUUGCCUUCAUGCCAGCAUUCUUAGCGGUGUAAAAAAAAAAAAGAAAAACAGCUGGUACGUCCAGCCAUGAUUGAAGACAAAGGUCACCGAGUGACGGACUACUUUGUAGUCGCAGGGCUCACGGACAAGUCCACACCUCUAGACCAGGAGAUCAGCCUCUCGGAUACCAAGUCUAGCGGCCCCAAGGCCCCCAUAACAGACAUCUCAGUCAUCAACAAAUCGGCAGGAGAAACAGUGCCUGAGGGAUUCACUUGCAUCGAAACCACAUACACGGGACAGCCGGCUAACCUGAACCAUGGCAGCCUCAAGAGCCCAGAGUUAUUUCUGUGUUACAAGAGGGGAAGGGAUAAAGCACCACUGGAUGAUAUUGGGGUUUUGUAUGAGGGGAAGGAGAGGCUAAUCCAAGGCUGCGAGGUGAUCCAGGCCACACCCUACGGACGCUGUGCCAAUGUCAACAACAGCUCAGCCAACUCCCAGCGUAUCUUUAUCACCUUUCGGAGGGCACCGUUAAUAAGGCCUCAGAACUCGCUGGCAGUCACUGAUAUCUGCAUUAUUAUUACCAGCAAGGGAGAGACCCCACCACACACUUUCUGCAAAGUUGAUAAGAACUUAAACUGUGGGAUGUGGGGCUCCAGUGUAUAUAUUUGUUACAAGAAGUCAGUCUCUGCUUCCAAUUCAAUAGCAUACAAGGCUGGUUUGAUCUUCAGGUAUCCAGAAGAAGACUACGAAUCAUUCCCCCUGUCAGAAUCAGUCCCCCUAUUCUGCCUUCCAAUGGGAGCUACCAUAGAGUGCUGGGCUCCUAACACCAGAUAUCCACUGCCAGUCUUCUCAACAUUCGUCUUAACAGUAUCUUCUGGGGAAAAGGUGUACGGUGCUGCUAUUCAGUUCUAUGAGCCUUACUCCACGGAGAUGCUGACGGAGAAGCAGAAACUGCAGCUGGGCCUCAUCACUGCGGUGGAAAAGAAGAUCAUCCCCAACAAGCGUGUCAACACCAACAAGUGCAUCUGUCUGCUCUCGCACUGGCCCUUCUUUGAGUCCUUCCGCAAGUUCCUUAUGUUCCUCUACAAGCUGUCUGUCUCUGGACCUCAUCCUCUUCCCAUUGAAAAGCACCUCUCCCACUUUAUGCACAGCGUUCCUUUCCCGUCACCACAGAGACCAAGAAUCCUAGUUCAGCUCUCUGCCCAUGAUGCCUUGAUACUUUCUCAGCCUGUUUGCACGCCUUUACCACUAAGUGGAGCAAAUUUUAGCACUUUGCUAAUGAACCUUGGUCCAGAAAACUGUGCCACUUUACUGCUGUUUGUCCUGCUGGAGAGUAAAAUUCUGCUGCACUCACUGAGACCUGCUGUACUGACUGGAGUAGCAGAAGCUGUGGUAGCAAUGAUCUUCCCUUUCCAAUGGCAAUGUCCCUAUAUCCCUCUCUGUCCCCUGGCUCUCUCUGGGGUCCUCAGUGCACCUUGUCCAUUUGUUAUUGGAGUAGACUCCAGAUAUUUUGAUCUGUAUGAUCCACCUCCGGAUGUGGUCUGUGUGGAUCUGGACACAAACACGAUCUACUUAUCUGAUGACAAGAAGCAUUAUACUUGGAAACACCUCCCAAAGAAACCCAGCAAAAGCCUACUUAAUUCCCUGACCAACCUGCAUCACCAGCUGGCAACAGUGCACAGAACAGCGCAGGAAGGCACUGCAGUGGAGAUGACUCCUAUCGAGGCAGACUUCACCUGGCACAAAAAGAUGACUGGGCUGGAAAUGGAGACCCAGGAGGCUUUCCUCCGCUUCAUGGCCUCCAUUCUAAAGGGAUACAGAACAUACCUCAAACCCAUCACACAGGCACCAUCGGAGAAGGCCACGGCAGCCGAUUCACUCUAUGAUCUCCAAGGGUUCUUGAAAAGCAGAGAUCGUGCACAUCAGAAAUUCUAUUCGCAGUUGACGAAAACUCAGAUCUUCAUCCGCUUCAUUGAAGAAUGCACUUUUGUGAGCGACAAGGACACAGGCUUGGCAUUUUUUGAUGACUGCAUUGAAAAAAUUUUUCCUUCUGAUAAAGGCACAGACAAAGGAGCAAAGGUUGAUUUUGACACCUCUGAAGACACUAGGCUGAUCGAGCUGGAUGAGUCACAGAAAAGUGAGCACACAGUGUUUGUGAUGCCUCCAGAACCCCCGGCAACCGACGGACCUGACCCUCCGGGCAAGUACAGGUAUAAAAACUUCCCCCAGUUGGACCCAGAGCUUUUUGACAGACCAAUGGAACUCAAGCCUUCUAGUAUCAGCAGACGGGUGGCAGGUGCCAGUUUAUGCAACAGCUCGGUACUGCUGGCGAAACGAACCAAGCAGGAGAUCAAAUCUGCCCACAAAAUGGCGAAGAGGUUUUAUUCCAACCCACCUCUCUGGGCCAAGUGCUUGUUCAGCCACUGCUACAGCUUGUGGUUCAUCUGCCUGCCGUCCCAUGUGAGAGUAUCCCAUUCCAAGGUCAGGGCCAUGCAGCAAGCGUACAACGUACUCAUCAAAAUGAGAAACACAGAGGUGGAGGUCCUGGAUGAGGUCUGCUACAGGGUGGUGAUGCAGCUGUGUGGAAUAUGGGGGCUUCCAGUGCUGGCAGUGAGAGUUCUGUUUGAGAUGAAAAACGCUGGUGUUCAACCCAACGCCAUCACAUACGGCUAUUACAACAAGGCUGUGUUCGAGAGCCCGUGGCCGAGCAGGAACAGAAGUGGUUACUUUAUGUGGACGAAGGUACGAAACGUGUUGCGUGGAGUGGCACAGUUCAAACAAGCACUUGGAAAGACACCAUCUUCAAUAAGCCCAGCCUUGGUAACCACAGCCCCGGUCGGCACUGCAGGUGGGAGCGAUGGUGACACAAUGAGCCAUGGCAGUGUGGACAGCUCGAUCGACACAAACGGUGGAGAACACACUCUCUUUGUGAGGAACCUAAUCAUCCUCGACUCGACUGACAAACACUGCAGCACAGGGGGUCAGUCUGACCAGGGAUAUGGUUCCAAGGAUGAGCUGAGAAGGGCUGUGGUCACUGCAGAGCUGUUAGAGACGGGCCAGUCCACUAAAACCAAAGCAAAACAAGAUGGAGAGGAUGUGGCCAUCUCCUGUGGAGAUGUAGUGUCUGUCACUGAACCCCAGUGCCCCAUAGACUCGCCAGCCUGUGGACACAGCAUUGUGAAACUAUCCUCUGGGAGCUUUGACAGUGGGAGCAGUAGAACCAGCAGUGGUGCCAUUGAGGAUUCGGUUGUUGUAGAAGAGGGUGCACCAAAGAUCCCCCGCAGCCCUAGCAAUGUGGAGCAACAGCAGCGGCAGAAAGCUUUUGCAGAGAGGAGCUGUAGCUUCAGCACAGACAGCCGGGCAGGCAUGCUGCUGAAGAAGGGGAGCCUGGACAUGACCCCUGACCAGAUAGCCAUCAAGAUGGGUGCCGAUGCCAAAAUCCUGGCCGCAGCCCUGUCCAGCACCAAAACCCCACCAUCUGCAGAUACCGACACCAAAAUCAAAAGAGAGCUGUCCUUCGAAGGAAUAGAAGGGGAGCAGGAGAAUGACACUAGGACUUUGCUCGACAAGUUCCCGGAAGCUUCAGAGAGCAACAUGCCUUUUAAGCCGCUAGAACUUUCAGAGAACUAUGUGGAGAGUGAUGUGGUAGACAAUGCGACAGGCCCCCUGGUGGACAUGGGAGAGAUGGUGGUGCUCAGGAGCAAGCUCCAGGAUGGAAUAGUAGAGGACCCAUCAAAGAGAAAUAGCUUGCACUCAAAGCCUGUCGAGAGGGAGGAUGUGAAGAAGGGAGCUGACCCCUUGUCUCUGCUGUGGUCAGAGAGUGUGGAGUCUAUAUCUGUCCAGAGCGAGGAGAAGAUUGUCCCUGUUGUGGUCUCUAGAAACCUUGCUGAUGAGAUAGAGAUGUACAUGAACCUCAAGAGCCCCUUGGGAGUCAAGUCCACCAGUAUGCAGCUCCACAAGGGGGAGGUGAAAGAGGAGGAUGCCCAUUCAGGAACAGCACUCCUUGAGCGCAGGUCCAGUCUGCCUGUUGAGGCCGUCCCACAGACAGCCGCUGUCACACCCAAGUGCAGCCCAGCUGUGACACAGUCCAAAACCUUUACCGGGAAGCCCAAGACCUCCAGACAGACGCCUAACAGGGCCCAGAAUCUGCGCUCCAGUUCCCUGACUGCUCUGGUGCGCUCCUCCCAGCAUGGCUCUCUUGGCUCUGUUAUGAACAGUAUCUCUGGUAUAAAGAUGGACAACCUGCUCUCUGGACCCAAAAUUGAUGUUCUCAAGUCGAGCAUGAAACAAGCUGCUAAUGUGGCCAGCAAAGUGUGGGGAGCCGUGGCGUCUGCCUAUAGUUAUUCAGAUGAUGAGGAUGAGAAUUCCCGCAGUGAUAACAGCUUCCCUGUUGGUUUGGAAGACCAUCUUCUGGGAGGGGGAGGAAGAGGAGAGAGCCCAAGCUCCAGGGGCCCAGUUCCUGGCCUGGCCUCAAAUGGCCUGACUCGGAGCAGCACCAGCCUGGGCAGCAGUAGCAGCAGCAGUGACACUGGGAGACUGCAGCACUCUGCCUAUAUGACCUCAAGAAGUGUGAAAGGACCAGAAUCUGACAAAUCCGAGCCUAGUUCAUCUCAUCAUGCCAGUACCUCAAGCAUAUAUCAGAACUGUGCACUGGAGGUGUUAAUGUCCAGCUGCUCGCAGUGCCGAGGGUGUGAAGCCCUGGUUUAUGAUGAAGAAAUAAUGGCUGGAUGGGCUGCAGACGAUUCCAAUUUAAACACCACAUGUCCCUUCUGUAAAAGCACUUUCCUUCCUCUGCUCAACAUUGAGUUUAAAGACCUCCGAGGCACUGCCAGCUUUUUCCUGAAGCCCAGUACGUCUGGGGAUAGUAUACACAGCACUAAUGUUCCCAUGACAACGGAGCUCGUGGAGCAGAAAGCCGGCCCUACAGUUCCUGCAGCAGCCGAUCUGAUUCAUUUUUCAGAUCCACCACAAACCAGUCCCUCUGCAGCUCCAAAGCUGAAUGCUGAGGAAAAGAACAGUGAAAAUACACAGGGAGGCCAGGUUGACCCACUGGGGCUGAGUGACAGACUUCCACACAAACGAGGGGCGUCUUUGACUCGAAGCAACAGCGUUGGGGGACCCCUGCAGAAUAUGGAUUUUUCCCAGCGGCCUUCCCAUGGCGUUUCAACAAGCAGCCUUCCCAACAGCCUGCAGGAGGUUAUGGAUCCUCUGAGCCUGGCUAGGCCCAAUCCUUUGCCAGUCUCAGUCCCUUACCUGAGUCCUCUGGUGCUGCGCAAAGAGCUAGAGUCUCUGCUGGAGAACGAAGGGGAACAGGUUAUCUACACCCACAAGUUCAUCAACCAGCACCCCAUCAUCUUCUGGAACCUUGUCUGGUACUUCAGGAGACUGGACCUACCCAGCAACCUGCCCGGCCUCAUCCUAACAUCCGAGCACUGCAAUAAUGGGGUGCAGCUUCCACAGACGUCGCUGUCUCAGGACAGCAAGCAGGUAUUCGUGCAGCUGCUGUGGGACAACAUCAACCUGCACCAGGAGUCUGGAGAACCCCUGUACCUGUGCUGGCGGAGCUUCUUGGAAAGGAAAGCUUCGCUCUCCCCGACGGAUCACCAGGAAACAAGGACUCUGCUGAACUCCAUUGUGCAAAACAUCCAGACCAACGAUGUGUAUGGACCCGUCAAUCUGCUCCUGAGGGAGAUCAAGAAGCACCCAGACAUUAAACGGCAAAGGAGUAUUUACAGAGAAAUCCUGUUCUUGUCACUGGUGUCUCUGGGGAGAGAGAAUAUUGAUAUUGAGGCCUUUGACAGAGAGUACAAACUGGCAUAUGACGAGCUGAGCCCGGAGCAGCUCAAGGCCCUGAGCAGGAUGGAUGCCCCUCCAAGCAAGAGUGUCCAGUGGUGCCUAAAAUGCUUUGGGGCGCCGGUGAUCUGAGGAGCAGCCGCGGGAGCUAAAGGAAGGCAACCACUAGAGGAAAGUGAGCUCGACACCUACCACGGCCAUUCAGGAUCACACAACCUUGGCUUACUUGCCACCUUCGGAUAAAUGCAGGACUCCUGUUUCACAGUGGUGUUGUGUAAAGGGAGAUAUUGCUUUUGAUACCUUUUUGUUUUCUCCGAUUCCUUUUCUGAAAGGCUGCGGUUUUCCCCUACAGAAUUAUGUGUUCGAUCUAACUCUUGUUUAAUAAUUUAAAUGACUGCCAGGCUUAUGGAGAAUGACUGGGACUAGCUCUUCCUAGCUUUUAACUACAGUAUGUACAUUUAUUAUGGAAUUUGUGGUUGAUCCCCUCACAUAUUUAAUGUUUACCCCCUUCAGAGGCCACUGCUCAGCAAGAGGUGCUUGGUGGGACAGGCUAGACUGGAGUAGAUUCAGCCAGACUUUGCAGCAUUGUUAGGUUAGCAAAAUUCAGUAGCAUCUUGCCACAAGAAACUGUUUUUUCCCAUGAAUAAUAAAUACAAAUAAGCAUCUGAACCAGGGUUGCCUUUUUAAAAUUAGAUUUUCUGUCUUUAUUCCCUCUGUAAUGCAUAGCUCCAAGGAUUCAGUCUUAAAAGCCCCUCCGUGGUGGCUAUGUUCUCCAAAAGAACUGUGCUGUAGAAUGCAGUCUGUACAUAGCCUGUUCUGUGUUUUAACUGUAUUCUAAUAGUACAUUCAGUAAAGGAAAAAAACAGAUGUUUUAUACUGUCCAUUGUGUGUUGUGUAAUCGUCCCUCCAACUUAAAUAAGAAUGUUGUGACUGUGUUUUCAGAUUGUCAGUGUAACCAUUUUAAGUACAUUCCAGCAGCUUGAACACUCUAGUGCAUUAACCAGAUUAGUGCACCCCCUCCCCAGCCCCUAACCAGUAAGUAGCUUCAAAUGUAAUUUAUGUUUUUAUGAUGUUUUGCAAUAAACUUGGGUUUCAGUGUAUUGAGAGAAAUCAAUUGUCCUCUUUACAUUGAGACACAUGGACCCUGUAUUUUUGUUCUAUAUUUCACAGUUCUGACCAUAUCACUUUUAAUUAUGGGGGGCACUCUGUAUUCUAAUGUAGAUUGUAUUAACUGUUUCUUGUCCUGUAUGAGGGAGGCAUUUUUUUGUUUUUUUUUAAAUGCAGUUUUUGGGUGUAAUUUUAUGUAGAUACAACUCCUUUAUAGAUGGCAUGUGAAUCAAGAAGUGUGAAGUAUAUACAAUCUUUAAGAUUAAGGCUUGAAAUUGCACUACUUGAAUUUGUACAUUAAAAUGGCCCAAGGGGUUCUUUUUACUUGUUUCGCAACGUCAUGAUAUCCAGCGAUACCAGCACAUAUAUGAAAUUGUAUAUUUUAAGUUUUCUAGUCUUAAAAUUGCAGUAUGUGUCUUUUUAGAAUCUGUAUAGUUUCAACAAUUCCCUUAAAAGCUGGUUAGCGUAUUCUUUCAAAUAAUGUCAUGUAUGUGAAAAUGUCUAUACUGAAUUGUAAUGCAAUAAAUGAGUUUUCUUGUGAUUUUGAA